AUGCCUUUACACUUUCUUGUGCUUGGGGGCACCGGUGCAAUAGGCACGCUUUUUACCCACAAGGCCUUAGUUGAAGGGCAUCGACUCACUUUAUAUGCUCGCAAUCCAUCAAAAUUGAGUGACUCACUACGUGCCCAGGAGAAAUUGGAUGUGAUAGAAGGAGAAUUGAGCGAUAUGGUAGCGCUAGAGACGGCAGCCAAAUGCGGUGCUGAUGCUUUCAUAUCUUGCGCCGGACCUCUCAGUGGAAGCCAAGGCACUCCUAUCACAGAUUGCUACGCCAAGCUGUUGCCGUUAUUGGCUUCCAAUGGAGUUCAUCGGGCGAUCAUGCUUUGUACACCUUCAUUCAGCCAACCAGAAGAUUCUUUCUCUCUAUUAUGGUCAUUUGGGAGGGUUUUCAUGCGACUUUUACAUUUCACAGAAUUUAAUGAGAUGGUUUCGGUUGGUGAGUUGGUUACACUCAGAUCUCCAGCGGAUAUGACAUGGACUUUGUUCCGUGUGGGGGGAUUGACAGACGGUGCUGAAAAAAACACAACAGCCACAAUGCUAGGUUCUGGUAAAGACCAUGUCACUAUCAGUCGGGAGAGCGUCGCAGCUUGGCUUUUGAAAGAGAUUAAGGAUAGUCAAUGGAAACUUAAGGCUCCAUAUAUCUGCAACACUUAGGUAGAGCAACUUAACAACGAUAUAAUUCCACUCCUUACAUGUACGAUUAUUCGGAGCGAUAUGAUAGAUACAAAUCACUAAUACUACAGCUGAAGCUAAACGAUGUGAUGGUGAUAGCGUGAAGUUCACUCGCCCAAGCGUGAAGACUCUAAGGAGCACACUCCUUUGAUGAGGUUAGAUGAAGUACAAGAGCUGGUUGUAAUGAUCUGGUAGAUGAUGUUACACAUACGUGUCUCAGAUUCUUCCAAGAUCCUUAGAUCCCUUGGAAGACAAUUAUAGAACUUGAGAGCUUUAAUAACUUCUAUAAAAUUAUCAAUAAUGGUUUUACAAAGAAAUGCAGCCAUAGCGGAAUCCGU